UCUCACGUGACUUCCGGGUGAGGCCACGGCGGGCAGCGGUUCCCGCUUCCCCAUUGCGGCGGCGCCGGUUCCGCGCUGGGCCUGAUCCGCUCCGCUUCGCUCUGCUCCCCCCGGGUCUCCCCGCUUUCUCCGUCCUCCGGGGCCAUGGAUCCCUUCCUGAGCCUGCUGCAUUCCUUCUCCUCGAGCCUGCUGGAGCCCGAGCUGGCGUCCCUCAAGUUCCUUUGCCGGGAGAAGAUCGGGAAGAGGAAGCUGGAGUCGGUGCAGAGCGGUGUGGAGCUGUUCGGCAUCCUGCUGGAGCAGCAGCUCAUCGCCAAGGACCGCCUGGACUUCCUCGAAGGUUUGCUCCGGGACAUCAAACGAGAGGAUUUGAUCUCGCAGCUGAAGCAAUUCGUUGAGGACGGGGAGGUCACUGACCCUGCUGACCAGCCAGAUGUGCAUGAACGACGUCUGCAGAAGGCAGCUAUUGAGGUCAUAUGUGAAAACGUUGGGAAAAACUGGAGAAUGCUGGUGCGGAAACUUGGUGUUUCUGAAGUGAAAAUGGAGAGGAUAAUAGCAGCUUAUCCGUGUGACUUGCGCGAGCAGCUGUUUCAGUCACUUCGGGAGUGGCAGAAGUGGAAGGGAAAAGACGCCAAGGUGACUGACUUGAUAAAAGCCCUUCGGGGCUGUCACAUGAAUUUGGUGGCCGACAAAGUUGAGGAGGCGAUCUUGCUGCUGAACACCGGAGCCAGCUGAAAUCAACCGAAAAACUAAAAGUGCCUUCUACUUCUCUGAGCCAAAAUGAGUAUCGUUGGUUCUGUUAUUAAUUUAUGUGCUGCCAUUAAUUUAUGUGCCUUAAUAGCUUGAUUUGUGGUCAGCUGAAGACUAACAUAAGAACAAAUUCCUCUUAGGUAUCGCUGUGUAAUUCAAUGCUUCCUUUAAAAGACUUUAACUUUCAGAAUGCCUAAACUCCAUUGUUGUAGAAAUACUCACACUUUUGUUCUACAACCCACCUGAAAACAAGAUUUGCUUUACUACACCCACUUUUCAGAUAAAUCUUCUCUGGAAAUACAUCCACAGGACACUUCUGAGGGAACUGUAACUUAAAAUUUCACAGGGAGGUUGGAUUUUUUGGUGUGUUUCUGGCCUGUUCAUAACUAUAGUGUAAAAGGGGAGGAGUUAGACUGCUUAGCUGUCCACUGGGUUUUGAUUUUGAGUAUUAUAAGAUAAUAUCUUCCAUAAUUUGUUCAAAUACAUUUGCUCUCUAUAAAAGGGUGCUAAGAUCUCAGGCCCCAAGACAGCAGUGCAAGAUCGUGGUGGCUUUUUCUUGGCAGAAAAUGUGCCUGGGUUAAAAAUUAACCGGUUGAAAUCAAGUGGCUGUAUCAAGUGCCUUCAUCAUCCUGAAGGAAAUGUUGCUCUGAAAUUAUCAGAGACAUUGUGUGUGUCACAGAUGUUUACAGCAGCCUCUUUUUACUGCUGUGAAGGUUUUAAGACUCUUUACUCAGAAUAUUUUCAUAGUCCAUAUCACAGAGUGUGGUCCUGUCUGCUGAAAGCUGCAGUUGCCUGUGCUCUUGGUAACAAACGUACCGUAACAAAAUCAAGAGAGCAAAUUGGUUUCUUUUUAGUGGAGGAGUGUCAAAGCCUCCUGAGAGCAAAUAUAUAGCACUGACUUUCCUCUAGUGAUGCCCUGUGAGAAUCAGCCAGCUCUUGGCCAGAAAGCACUUUGUUCUCUUCAAAGGUUGCUCCAGAUCCAGUAGCUCUUCCAAGCCCUCUGCAGUUUUUGAAAGUGGUUAUAAGCAGCUUGUAGAGGAAAGAGGAUUUAUGAAGGAGACCAGAUUCAGUUUCCAGCUUUAAUUUGGAACAGACUUCAAAAAAUGGCCUUUGCAUCUAACCUAAGACUGGAAAACCUGCACAAGCGUCAAGACAUACAGCCCCUGGGGACUAUCCCCUGUGCAAGGGAGGAGAGUUCUCCAAAAUCAUUGUUGCUUGAAUGAGGAUUGUUUGUCCCUGCAGACAUCCUUCUCGCUACAUCAAUAGAUGCUUGAAGAGGAGAGGCUUCUUUUUUUGCUACUGUGUGACUUGUAGCUCCUUUCAGGUUCCUACCACAUGGUGCCAUUACUGUGGAGGUCGCAUGUCAGCGUGUGACAAUCACUAUUGUGCAUAAAUGCUGUGACAUCCAUAAUUGUCGAGUUUUGUUGCAGUUGGUGCUUCUCCUCUAGACAAUGACGCUUGAAUACUUGAUCAUAGUUAAUGGAAACUGCUGUAAUGUGAACUUACCUUUUAAUUAAGGUUUUUCCUUAGAUGAUUCUCACAAGUAUCUUUCAAAUUGUAGUGUAUUGAGUAUCAGUGAUUGUGUAGAAGCAAAGAGCGGUGGGUAAUACAGAAGUUUCCAUGUGUCACCCUCUGGGCAGGUGCAGUUCUCUACGUACUUGCUCCAAUAUUUGUCAGUGUCAGUUGUCCAUUCCAGACUUCGAAUAGGAGAUACUGAGCUGCACUUUGGUUAAAUGGCUAGCUCAAAUGUUCUGGAGGCUUUUGUUUAGUAGAUAUAGUCUUCAUUCUACAGUAUUUAAAGAAAACUGUGGCUUCAGACUUUUCUCCUUCGUGCCUCUAAGCAACCUUGGUGAGCAAAGCAAAGUGGAGUUACCAAGAUGAAUUAUGUGGUGAAACAGCUCUGCAACAGUUCCAAGUUCAGUCUGUCCGGUAACAUGUUUUUCUAAUCCACUUGAAAUAAGUCUUCUGGUUCACAGAAAAUACAUUUAUCUGGAAUAUGAGAAGUAGUUUACUGCCUACUGCAUAUAAUCAGGAUAUUUGAAGGAUCAGCAAGAAUAACUUAUUUGUCGUAGCCGAGCGCACGUUGGCUGCAAGAAAUAUUCUGCCUCAGAAAAUGAAAAACUCUUUGUUUCCUUAAGGGUUUGUACAUAGUGGGUGUUUUACUGUGUAUAAAAGUAACGACCUAGUCUGCAUCAAUCUGUUCGGUACCUCAGGGCCAGUAAAAAACUGGUUUUAUUAGAGAUUUAAAAGUUGAUUGUGAGAGAACAAAACCAAAUGGAACAAAGGGAACAAAAACUUUUUAUUGGGAGGGAGGGGUAAGGGAAAGGGCUGCGAUUUGUAAGGAAAUGUGUUGCCAUCUAGUUAGCAAUCUUGUAUUUUCAAUUAAAAUUUGAAUAUUUUUAUGACUUGGAUUAAAGUUUUCUAUUGUAUAAUUUUGUGCACGUUUCAUUAAAAAAUACUCCCUUAAAACAAAAUAAA